CUCUUCAGUCGCUUCCGCUUGUACCACUCACAAGGUCACUACGAAUCAGCAGCUGCCUGUGCCUAGCUUUCUCCCUUGCCUUCGUAUGUUUGUUACUUCUCUUCUCGCUAUGCCCAUGCUUUACAUCCUGCACUUGGCUUUCGCAUCGGGAAUCUUGCUGCAAUAGAUUAUCACUUUCCUCUCGCACGGUUGCCACCAUUCCUGCUCCCGACACACGAGCGCACGCGCACCCAGACACACGUAAACGUUUACAUACACUUUUGUAUCACUAGUCAUAACCGUUUCUGCCGGCCAUGGACGACGACGUUAUCUCCACAUUUACGUCGCUGACCGGCUCGACACCCGCUCAGGCUACCCAGUAUCUCCAGCUCACGGAGGGCAAUCUGGAGCAGGCUGCUCAGUUGUGGUUUGAGACGAGUGGCUCUCUGGUCACCGACUCCGCCGCCGGAACGGCAACAUCACAGGCGCCGCCUACUUUGCGGCCGUCAACAAUCUCACAACGAGGAGCAGGUUAUCGUGAAGACGACGAUGGCGUCAUACAUAUCGAUUCUGACGAGGAUGAAAUGGAUUUUGACAACGAAAGUUCAGCACCACACAGACAGCAACCGAACACAGAGGACGAUGAAGCAAUAGCACGGAGACUCCAAGAAGAAAUGUACGGGAGUGCUUCGAGGGACACGGAGACCGUAAGGGCGCCAAUAUCGCGGACGACGGAGACGCUCGUUGGUCCUGAGUCGAUGAUGUACGGGGGAGUGUAUGGAGGUGGCGACGAUGAGGACGUCGAAGCCAUGAUAGCGCAGCAGAUGGCCGCAAGACAAGCUCGUCAGGCUGCUCGAUCACGUCCUGGAAUUUUCAAUCAGCGCGACACCCAGUCCGCAGUCUGGGACAGCGACCCAGAGCAGCGUGCCCGAAACCUGGCUUAUGCCACAGGUGGCCAGUCCACGCAAUCUUCUCGCGCCCAGUCCCUCGCUGAGAUAUACCGUCCACCCUUUGAGAUCAUAUCUCGCCUGUCUUGGGAUCAGGCUCGGUCGGAGGGUCGACAGGAGAAGAAGUGGCUGCUGGUCAACGUGCAAGAUCCCUCCAUUUUCGACUGCCAGAUGCUGAAUCGCGAUCUGUGGAAGGACGAGCGCGUCGCCGCUGUUAUUCGCGAAUCCUUUGUGUUCUUGCAGUACUUGCGGACAGAUCCGCGCAGCGACGGCUACAUCCAAUACUACUUUGCGCAUUCCGUCGACAAUCCGGAUGCCUAUCCGCACAUCGCAAUCGUGGACCCUCGUACGGGCGAGCAAAUGAAGAUAUGGUCCGGUCGACCUGUACCCAAAGCCGAUGACUUUGUGGAGGCCUUGUACAACUUCUUGGACCGAUAUUCGCUUGACGUGGCCAAAAAAAACCCUGUCGCGAAGCGCAAAGCCGAGCAGCCCAAGGUGUUUGAUAUCGACCGCAUGACCGAGGAUGAGAUGCUUCAAAUGGCCAUGCAACAGAGUCUGGCUAAUGGUGGAUCCGGCACGCCGCCUAAGCAGGAGGACCCGGACGACCUGACUAAGAGCGUGGAGCUUGGCAGCGCGGAGGCGGGGCCGUCCAAGAAUGACAGCAGCGGCACCAGCGUAGCCACGCCGAGCGCAGCCGUUGACGAGGAUGCGUCACAACCAAGCGCCGAGAGUCUCAUGUUUGCGCAGAUCGCGUCAGACCGGCCGCACGAGGAGCCGCCGGCCGACCCGAAGACGACGACUCGCAUCCAGUUCCGGCAUCCCGGUGGCCGCGUCGUACGUCGCUUCACGCUGACGGACAGCGUGCGCCGCAUCUACGAAUGGCUAAAGGCGUCGCCCCCAUCGCCCGAGCAGGCCGGCAAGACGUUCGACCUCAUGUUCAUGGGCAAGAAUCUGCUGGAGUCGCUCGACGAAAGCAUCGAGGAGGCAGGCUUGAAGAACGCAAGCGUCAACAUCGAGUGGAUUGACGAGUGAUCGUCUGAUGCCCGUGUGGACCUUGAUUCCCCUCCUCCACAUAGACGAAAAUUCUACAAGACGGGACUACUCUGUAUUAUGGCGAGGCUGGCUUUUUUUUUUCACCUUUUUUUUCGGUGGUGCGAGUUCCGCAUGGACGUACGUAGAGCAUAGUUGAGGCGCUUAAUAUGGCGGGUUCGGACAGGAGGGUUGAUGUUUUCUUUGACCGAUACUUCCCGCUCCCCCCUUCCCCCCUUAAAACACGACGCGUGGGAGUAGAAGGGCCUUAGGGGUAUCCUCUCCCGCCUAUCUUCGUCUUUCGUAUCGUCAUCGCGACAUGGGUUUUGCCCUCUCCCCCUCCCCCCUUAUAAGUGUCUUCAUGUCCUUUGAGGAAAGUUGAAGCUCGCAGGGGGCAAAUCGUGAAGCAUAGGCAUCACUAGAGCUAUGGGGAAUAUGGCUUGCGCUAGAAGCAUAGCUGGUCGUCAUGCCUACCCUUCCUGGGAUAUAGAAAUGCAAUGAGUUCCGCUUUUGCUUCACAUCUCAAUGAGUCAUAGAUAGAAUAGAUCACGACGCAUUUUUUUUUGGCUAUAGUGGGUCUCAAAAUUUUGUUCGCAAAAAAGAGUUUUGAGAGGACAUCAUCAUGACAAUUCGUAUAUGGUACAUUACAAACCCUUUCAACCACCCC